CAUUAUACUCUCUUCAUGGAUUGAUUAAUAGUACUAACUAAGAGCUAGCUAAGACUGAGCAAUUCAAGAAUAUAGGCUUAACUUCUUAUAGGAUUCUACUGUAAUCUCGGUCAUCACACACACACGUAUAUAUAUAUAUAUUGAUGAUUUACAGAGAAUGGUUUUAUUAAAAUAUGGAUCCCGAACUAAUCAACGUACGUAUGUAAGGAUCAUUUGGUCAUUCAACGGCAACGUAGUCUGAAAGAAGGAAGCUCCUGCCAGUACCAGUUCCAGUCCCAGACCGACGUCUUCCUCUUCCUUCCCAUGUAAACAACGAAAGCUCAGAAUCAACAUAUCAGAAGAAGAAGAAGAAGGAGAAGAAGAAAGAAGAAAGAAGAAUAAGAGACUAGAGAGGAGAAGGAAUGAACAUCUUCUUCUCUUCUGCUCCCUCAAAUUCCAAGUUCCCUCUCUUUACUCCUUCUCAAAACCCCAACUCCUCGAAGGGCCAUUUCGUUCCACCCCUAAAACCGCCUUGUUCUCCCCCAUCCCAUCUCAUCUUACUUCCCACACAUUCUCAUAAUUCAUCGUCCCCGCCAACUCUUCAAGAAAAGACUCAAACUUUUCCAUCACAAGCUGAUGGAGCAGAUGAAGAUGAGGAUGAAGAUGAAGAGAUCAUAAAUGCCAAGAAGUCCUUGGAAGAAUUGCUAGUUGUUCGUAGGCCAGCCAUGGAGAUUCCAGUUGAAGAAGCUGAAGGAAAUAAAAUAUCAGACAGUGAUGGAAAUGUCAGUCAAGUAACUGGUAAGCAGCUAAAGGAGCUUGCAGUAUCUAAAGGGCUCUCUAAAUUUGCAAAGAAGAUGCCAAUUUUUGAGCCUGAGAGAGUUAUGUCGAGUUCUGGGGAGAAGCCUCUUUUGGUGAAUCUGGAUUUGGCCUUGUAUAAAGCAAAGAUUUUGACGCGGAGAUAUCGGUACGAGGAAGCCGAAGAGAUACUCAGGAAGUGCAUAAGCUAUUGGCCAGAAGAUGGAAGGUCCUACGUGGCCUUAGGGAAGGCUCUGAGUAAACAGUUGAAAACAAAUGAAGCCAGGGCUGUAUAUGAGAAGGGAUGCCAAGCUACUCAAGGGGAGAAUUCUUACAUUUGGCAGUGUUGGGCUGUUCUGGAGAGCAAGAUGGGGAAUACAAGGAAAGCUAGAGAACUGUUUGAUGCUGCCACAGUUGCGGACAAGAGGCACGUUGCUGCCUGGCAUGGAUGGGCUGUCUUGGAGAUGAAACAGGGGAAUAUCAGAAAGGCAAGAAAUCUUCUCAGUAAGGGUCUCAAAUUCUGUGGUGCAAAUGAGUACGUAUACCAGACGCUUGCGCUGCUUGAAGUUAGAGCUAAGCGCUAUGAGCAAGCUCGAUACUUGUUUAAGCAAGCAACCAGAUGCAAUUGGAAGAGCUGCGCCAGUUGGCUAGCGUGGGCUCAGCUUGAGGUGCAGCUGGAGAACAACCUUGCUGCUAGGAGGCUUUUUCAGAAAGCUGUGGGUGCGAGUCCGAAGAACAGGUUCGCAUGGCACGUGUGGGGAGUGUUCGAAGCUAACGUAGGAAGUGUAGAAUUGGCAAGAAAGCUUCUGAAGGUGGGGCAUGCAGUGAACCCCAGAGAUCCAGUUCUUCUGCAGUCCCUUGCGCUAUUGGAGUACAGAUACUCGACAGCCAAUCUAGCCCGAGUCAUCUUUAGGAGGGCCUCUCAGCUUGAUCCAAAACAUCAGCCAGUCUGGAUUGCCUGGGGUUGGAUGGAAUGGAAAGAAGGAAACCUGGGCACAGCUAGGAAGCUAUACCAGAAAGCACUAUCAAUUGAUUCAACGAGCGAAAGUGCUGCAAGGUGCCUGCAGGCCUGGGGAGUAUUAGAACAGAGGGUCGGGAAUGUGUCGGCAGCCAGAAGAUUAUUCAGGUCUUCGCUUAAUAUAAACUCACAGAGCUAUGUAACAUGGAUGACUUGGGCAUCUCUGGAGGAAGAUCAGGGGAACUCCAUCAGGGCUGAAGAGAUUCGCAACCUCUAUUUCCAGCAGCGUACCGAAAUAGUGGAUGAUGAAUCGUGGAUGACGGGGUUCCUGGACAUCAUUGAUCCAGCCAUAGACAGCAUCAUGAAACUCUUUAGCAAGGAGAAAGUGAAGGAUUCUCCAGCAGGGGCGGGUGGUGGAGACGAGCAAUCGGCUCCUGUCAGCACAGGAAGUGAAUUCAACUUGGAUGAAUUCAUACGUGACAGGCUGAUGUUGGACCCUUCAAAACUGGAGCUUCAAAUGGGGAAUUCUGCACCAAACCUGUGACUGUAAACUUCCAAAUAUCUGAAUUUGUAAAUCGAGAAACUGCAAGUGAUUCAUUCAUAUGGAAUGACAAGAAUCAUAGCUUUCAAAAGACA